CUAUACAUACACCCUCCAUUGUAUAUGAUUCAUUAACCGACGCCGGAGAUGGGUAGCAGUCGGAGUCGCGGGAGGCCGUCAAAAGGCGAUGUUAUCGUCUCCGUCUUUCUGUUACUUUCUCUCCCGUUGAUGUGCUUCGGAAUUCGUUCUUUUCCGGUGAUCGGAGAAAAUUUAGUUCAGGCGGGAGAGGAUUUCCUCGGAUUCGUGGAGGCGCCGGAGUACCGUAACGGUGUCGAAUGCUCCAAUAAAACCAUCCACGUUGCAAUGACACUCGAUUCCGAGUACCUCCGUGGGUCGAUCGCCGCCAUACACUCCGUUCUCCGCCAUGCUUCCUGUCCAGAAAACGUGUUUUUCCACAUCAUCGCCGCCGAGUUCGAUCCAGCGAGUCCACGGGUCUUGACCCGGAUCGUCCGGAAUACCUUCCCGUCGCUCAGCUUCAAAGUCUACAUUUUCCGGGAAGACACCGUGAUAAAUCUGAUAUCGUCGUCGAUUCGGGUCGCGCUUGAGAACCCGUUAAACUACGCUCGUAACUAUUUGGGCGAAAUACUUGACCCGGCUGUGGACCGGGUUAUUUACCUCGACUCCGACGUCGUUUUGGUCGACGAUAUACAGAAGCUAUGGAGCAUCAAUUUACAAAACAACCGAGUAAUUGGAGCUCCGGAAUACUGCCACGCAAACUUCACCAAAUACUUCACCGAUAUCUUCUGGUUCGACCCGUUAAUGUCUCGGGUAUUCGCAUCCAAAACCCCGUGUUAUUUCAACACCGGUGUUAUGGUAAUGGAUAUGGUUAAAUGGAGAUCCGGCAGCUACCGUCAGAGAAUCGAAAACUGGAUGGAAUUGCAGAGAAAAAAGAGGAUUUACGAGUUGGGUUCGUUGCCGCCGUUUCUACUGGUGUUCGCCGGAAACAUUGAGCCGAUUGACCACCGGUGGAACCAACACGGACUCGGCGGCGAUAACGUGAAAGGUAGCUGCCGGUCACUACAUUCGGGUCCGGUGAGUCUGUUGCAUUGGAGCGGUAAAGGGAAACCAUGGGUGAGAUUGGAUGAACGGAGAGCUUGUCCGUUGGAUUAUCUGUGGCAGCCGUACGAUCUUCAUCAGCAUAAGAAUCGAUAUCAAGCGUUGGAUUGAUGAUUCGCAUUAAUUAAUUUAAUUUCAUUAAAUAUAUUUUGAAUUUAUGAUUUGUUGUAAUUUUUGGUGAACACGUCGAUUCAGAGAUUCUUUGAAAGUUGUGUACAGAAAUACAUACCAUUUGGUUUUUUUUUAAUU